CAGAGAGAGAGAACCCCUGGAGAGGAAACUCCUCUGCUCCUCCAGUGUUCAGGCUGGACUCACGCAGGACAGAAGUGCUGGAUUACCCUCAGACAGACCUCACAGCACACAUGACUGACCUGCUCCAGAAGACACUCAGAGAAGAUGAGCUGCAGGAUUAGCUGGAGGAGCGCUGUCGUCUGCUCAUCAUGGAUCCGGAGUGUCUGGACUCGUGCAUCCAGAGCUGUCUGUCCGUCCUCUUCCCACCGUUUGAGCUGACAGCAUCGACUGUCCUCAGCCAGAUCUUCCAGCUCAUCGACGCUCAAUAUGAUGGAGACGCCCUUCAGUGUCUGAAAACCUUCCUCAUUCCUGCCAAAACCCUUCUGGAAGGCCUGCAGCAGGCGGCCUGCGCUCCGCACUCUGAGAGGGUGUUCAGCUGUCCCGGCUGGCCUCUGUGUUUACAGGAGCGCAUCGUGAUCCAGUUCGCACCUGUAAACCCCCUGCUGCUCCGACCGGGAGACUUCUACCUGCAGGUCAUCCCAUUUGGGAUCCAAUCGGUUCAAAUUGUGGUCAAGAGUGUUUUAGAGGAAGAAUGUGAGCUGGAGGAAACUCCCAUCCCCGAAACCUCACACUCCAACAUCUUCACUGAAACCUGGCUCCAGGAGCUCAACAAAAAGAGACAUGGAAGACCCCUGUCCCGCUGCAUCCUCAAAACCCAACAGAACAUAAUCAAGGUUCCCUGGGAAGAGGUGGUCAAUCCUGAAUUUGAGGACGAGCGGAGGAUGGACUCCUCGCCUCCGUCUAAUCAACAGGAGUCUUCGAGUUUGUGUCGUCCACCAACGCCUUCCAGCUUCUCCAUCGAGACUAGGAUUUGUCCUGCACGGGAUGGUAUUGCGGUGUCUUUGCGAUUGGUAGACAGCAGCAGUAUUACAAAACACAGUGAAAUGGAUCAGUCCGGGAUUCGUCCGGUAGGGUGGGUUUCUCCAAGCACAUGGGACAGCAGAAGUAAAAGCAGUUUGGUUGGGAUUUGCAACGAUCCAAUGGACUUUACCAAAGAAACCCAAGGAUAUGCAAACACAUGGACUCCUCUACUGAGGUCCAAUGGUGCGACUCGGGAGCGUUCGACUUGUGUGCGCACAGUGCGGUUCGCUGAGGAGCCCUGUACUCCGUGCAUGCAGAGGAAACACGGACAUGGGACCAAGCAAAAGUGUCGGUUUAUAGAUGCAGUCAGUACACCCAAAGAAAAAUCUGAUCAUCCUACUGAACCAGAAACUGCGGGCUCCUGCGGUGAGGAGCAAACCCAGAGCGCAUCCCAGGAGGGUUUAGCUCCGGCAGUGGUCGGCACAUCAGAGAAAUGCCACAUUGUGAUUCAGGGACAGUCAAAUGAGGUGGACAGAAGCAGCUACUUCGAAAUGAUUCCCAGGCUUCAUGUGGUUCCCGGGAAAAAGACCACCACUUUUGGACUGGUGUCUCCGAAGUUGAACCGAAGACGACUGGUGAUUAAAGAUCUUCCUCAAGAUCCAAAACCUCAGUCCGCUCCUACUCCUGGAUCACGGAUAAAUCAUCCAGACGGAUUAACACCAGCAGAAACAGAGCGCCGGCCGUCCAGAUCCUCCACACCUCCAACUCUUAAAGCUGAUGCUCUUCUGCACGCAGGAAUCGUGUGUCUCACAGGCGGUCAGGAUCGCUCAGACCGAGCAGUUCUGGAGGUUUAUGGAGAUCAUCAGGUCUGGAUUUCUGCAACACUUUCAAGCCAGGAGAUCUUCAAACUUCUGCUGUACUUCCGCACCAUCACCAGGAAAGGAACGAAAGAUGUUGGGAUGACUGUGGUGUUUGAUGCUCGGAAGAAGCCUCCGCAUCCAGAGUUCACCAAGGCUCUCCUGAUGCUCCAAGAACAGGAUCCUGGUGCGGUUCACUGUGUUGUGCUUCUGGUCAAUAAAGACAGCAGCCACAGUCAUGAGAAGAGGCCUGGAGUUACGGUGGAAACUGUGACGUCCUAUAAGGCUCUGUAUAAACUGGUGGAGGUCAGUCAGCUGACAGCGGCUCUACACGGCUCAUUACUGUACAGCCACUGGGACUGGAUACAAAUCCAUCAGAAACUGUAUCCAUUUGUCUCUGAUCUGCAAGAUGCAUCCGCUCUUCUAUCAGGAGCUAUUAAGAAACUAGAAGGUGUUCAUAAAAUCGACACAGUGCAGGAUGUGCAGCAGUGCAUUAAGGAGCAGGCGGCUCUAAUGAAGAAUGUGCUGGAAGACGCCAGAUUGGUCGAGCUGCAGAGAGGAGGCGGAGCUAUGCUGGCACGGCUGAGGCGAGAAACUGACAUAAGGUCACCACACUGCGAACAAAGCCGUGAGGUGAUCGAUACGGUCACUCAUCUGUACAACGGCAUGGAGGAGCAGGUGCACGUUCUGGCCAGAAAGUCCAACAUGUCCCUGCAGCACCUGGACUUCCUGUUGCAGCUGCGACACAUGGAGGCCAGGUUUGCACAGAUAAAGGAAUGGUUCGACACAGAAGGAGAAACGCAGCUCCUGCAGGCUGAAUCAGUGGAUGAAUCCAGUGAACAAAUACAACAAACCCUGCAGACAUUUAAAGCUUUUCUCUCUGAAGCAAACGAGCGGAAGCACCAGGCGAUGAUGCUGGUGUCGGAUGCGGAGCGCAUUCAGGGCCCAAACUAUCCCGAGACAGAGGUGUUUCACAGAAUGGUGUCCAUGUUUAAGUCUAGCGUGUCUGAUUUCGUGUCUCGUGCAGAGCGCUGCUGUGAAGAGCUGGCGAUGAUGGUCUACAUCUGCCACGUCUGUGAGAGGGCUUCAGCCGUGGCAGGCGACUGCAGGCUGUGUUUGGAGCAGGAGUCACUCUGCUGUCCUGCAGAUGAGCAGCACUGGGCUCGACUCCACGCUCACCUGCAGAGGCUGGAUGAGUUUCCUCCAGAGCUCCUGCAGGAUGUCCGUACACAGGCCUGUUCACUGAGCAGCUCCAAGGCUCUGCGGGUGUGGGACGCCGCCUGGGUGAAGUGUGAGGAGGUGCGGAGGAUGCUGGAAGAGAGGCUGAUGCUGCUGGAGGGAGAUCAGACACACCAUGGACAUCACACUGACUGUACGGAGACCGCUACAGCACUAGCAGAAGAAGAGCGCGAGUGUGUGCCUGAAUCAGAAACACGAGCGAAUCGAUCCAGAGACAGCAUCCACAACACCGUCACCUGCUUCAACUUCAGAUCCAAACCCAGACGAGACUCCAAAAACACAGCGACCACCAAAGAAACCCUGGCAGACUGCAGUCAGAGAGGCAGAAGCAGCAGCAGGAGAGCGGCUCCAGAGCAGAGGGCAGUUUCUGGGGCUCCCAUUGGUUGUCAGUGGUUCCCUUGGCAGAACACAGUGAACAGAAGCAGCAGCCGGCGCUCGGAGCUGCACAUCACUGAGCCCAUCCAGCGGCACAACAGCUUCAGCUCUCAGACACACGACACACACGGAGACGCCUGGAGAAAUGAAGGAGAAAAUACUGCAGACAUGCCUGAAAGCCCGAGCAGAAGCAUGAAGCUUCAGCGGAUCAUGGAGGAGCUCCUGCUGACGGAGGUGGAGUACGUCCGCUCUCUGGGAUACAUCUUGACUCAUUAUUACCCCCUGCUGUCCAGACCGGACGUCCCGCAGGAUCUGCGCGGUCAGCGAGGGCGAAUUUUCGGUAAUCUGGAGAAACUCUACGACUUUCACUGUCAGCACUUCCAGCAGGAGCUGCAGGCCUGUCAAGCGGAGCCGCUGAGAGCCGGACGCUGCUUCCUCAAUCACAGGGAGAGUUUUGGACUUUACGCACUUUACAGCAAGAACAAACCUCAAUCUGAUGCACUAAUUCAAUCACAGAUACUUCAAGCGUAAGCAGCUGGAGUUGGGUGACAGCAUGGAUCUGUCCUCAUACCUGCUGAAGCCGGUGCAGAGGAUCAGUAAAUACAGUCUGCUGCUUCAGGAGAUCCUGGACGAGUGUGUGUCUGAUCAGAGCCCAGAGCGGGAAGAGAUCCAGGCGGCGCUGGAGGUGGUGCGAUUCCAGCUGCGGCACGGGAACGACCUGCUCACCAUGGACGCCAUCAGAGACUGCGAUCUAAAUCUGAAUGAGCAGGGCCAGCUGAUUCGGCAGGAUGAAUUCUGGGUAAUUUUCCGUAAGAAACGUUCCCUCAGGCGGGUGUUUCUCUUCCAAGACGUCAUUCUCUUUACCAAGACCAAAAAAAAACGACCGAGGAGACGAUGUUUACGUUUACAAACUGUCU